AUGGAACUUUUUUUAGAGAAACGAUAUGAAAUUGUCUUUUUACGUGAGUCCCCAGCUGGUCCAAAGUUUAGUUUUGGAUUUAUUGCUAAGCAGGUACGUUGUAGUAAGUCUACAGUUAUUUAUUGGAUUAAAAGAUAUCAUAAAAAUUGGGACGUAAAUACUUCAAAAAGACCGGGGCGACCUUGUAUAACAUCCGCAAAACAAGAUGAUAAGAUUGUAAAGAUGACAGAGAAAGAACAUAAUAUAACAGCCAUUCAAAUACAAGAAAAAAUGGAAGAAAGAGGUGUUGGGAUUA